AUGCUCAACAACACGAGGACUUGCUUGAUUUUUCGUAACGUUGGGAAAUCCGUCGCAUCUCUCGACUUUCUGUUCUCGCCUCCGGUUUUGUUUUCUUGUGAGAUUAUCACCGAAUCUAUCGCACUCCAGUCCACUUUCACUAAGAACUCAGACGUUCAGCUAACGCAAGUUCAAAAGCAUCCCGAUGGUGACACAUUGAUAAUUCGACAGAUUGAAAAUGACAUGAUGACUACAACUGCCUCAGUUCGCAACGUGACUUCCGUUCGCAAAUACCAACGCGUCUAG